AUGGCUCAGCGGCGGACGCCACGCAGUGUCCAAGCCUCCGAAACAUUGCCUUCAAAACUUCAUCUGGCCUAUGCCAUUGCCGUUGUUCAAUCGAAGCCUCCCGACCUCAGUGUCAAAGACUACAUUCUACACCUUCGGGAACACUUGCGGCCUAAGAGCAAGGUCGAUAUCAGGGCUGGCCCAGAAAGACACCUCAAUUCUGCCAGCUACUGGGUAGAGAGGUUCCACCAAGCAGAUGCUGCUCGGGCGAAGCUUGAGACCAAGGUCACCGAGUACGAGAGAGAGAUAGAGCGCUUGAAGUCUGAGCUUCGCUCUAUACAAAGCGGAUCUACCACCCGACCAGCUGCACCAAUGAAAAGGCGGAAAGAUGAAGUACCACUGGGAUCAUCGGCUCCAGCAACAAAGCGACGCAAGAUCGAGCAUGCUGACUCAUACGCCUCCUCUGUUGAGACGGUUGAUGAUACGCUCCCCGAAAACAUGGAAUCUUUGAGUGCCGUUCAUGAAGAGGGGUCAAAGCUGACCCAACAUCUGUAUCACGCUCACAAACACUACAAAGGCCACUCUCGCGGAGGCCACCAAUUAGCGUGCCACCUCGUGCAGGCCGCCAACUGCCUGGCGCCUCUGCUCACCUCUGCGUGCCAACGACAUCACCAACGCGUGGGAUGCGCGAAAUCGCGACCCAGCGGAUCCAAUGAUUCCGUGCCGGAACCUGUCCUGGCUGCGUACGACAACGAGCUAAUAUCAACAUUCGAGGCUGCAGCUCGAAUCUUCAUGUCCCUCUUCUUUGGCCUGAAAAAGCUGAAUGCGGAGACGUCAACCCCAGAAGACCGUGGAGCCGUCACAUACAGCUUCGUCCGCAUGUUUAGCCACGUGCUCGACACUCUCACACAGAGCUCAUCAUCCCAGGCAGCCGAGGAGGCGGCUCUCACCCUCGCCGUCAACUCCAGAAGGCAGAUGACCACCCGUGGAAGCCAGAAGGUCUUCGGCAGGACAAACCAGGACCCGUUGGCAACGCGACUGCUCUCGAAUUUUCUCUCCAACGUUCUCAGCGCGCCCUCCGCCGGCGGCAGCGAGCCUCACCACCACCAUCACCACGAGCUGGCGGAAGGCUUCCUCUUCGUCCUCUUCCGGCGCCUGGGCGACCGCAUCUUUCUCUGCACCUUCGGACACCGCAAACGCGCUUCGGUCGCGGACGACAUCGACGCCUGGGCCGAUCCCGACGCAGAGCCUCCGGCGCCGCCUGACGAUGAAGGAGGAGGAGGAGGAGGCCCACCGCCGGCGACGGCGACGGCGACGGAAGACGGUGGCAACAGAGAAAAGCAGAUCGAGCAGCGGGCGCUGGCGAUCGAACUGCCGCUGCUCGUGGCCCUGCUCGAACGCGGCCUCGCAAUGGCGCGGCACCACAUCGCGCCGCUAUCGUCAUCAUCAUCAUCAUCAUCGUCCGCCGCCGCUCCCUCCUCUUCCUCGCGCAAGCAGAAACAGCACGGGGCCACGACGAGAGCGGCAACCGCAACGGCAACGACAGCCUUUUCCGUCCCGAAAUCUUCGGGGACGAGCGGAAGCAGCGGCAGCAGGCCGUCGCCGGAAGCCCUGAAGGCUGGGCUGAGCUUGCUUGCGCGGAAGAAGCUGGAGCGGACGCUCGCGCAUGCCAUUUUCUUCAGCGGCGGCGGCGGCGACGACGACGGCGACGACGAUGAUGAGGGGGCGGGAGAGGACGAGAUGAGCGAGUGUUUGACCAUGCCGGUGAAGCAGGCGUUGAUGGAGGUGGUGGCGGUGGGGGGCUCUUCGGCGCGGAAGCAGAAGACGAAGAAGAUGAGUUGGGAGCGGGGUGAUGGUGAGGAGGAGAAGGAUGUGAAGGCGUGGUUUGUGGAGAGGGUUUGGGGCUUGGUCGGGUGGGAGGCUGUGCUUGAGAUGAGGUAG